GUGUGGGAAGUGUAUGUUAUAUCUAUUGGAAAAGUGUGCUUGAAGAGAGCUUACAGUGUGUAUAUAUACAUAUAUAUUUAUAUCUAUGUAUGUAUGUAUAUAUGUAUAUCGUUACAGUAUUCAUCCCUUCAUAUGGAAACACGUGAUAAAGUUUCACAUAGUGUAUAAAAAAGCAAAAGUGUAAAUAUAAAAAAUCAGAAAAAUAUGCAUAUUACAGAUAAAUAGAAAGAGAGAACUAGAGAGAGAAAAAAAGAGCAUCGCAAUAAGGGAGUAAGAGAAUUGAAAUCGAUAAAAUGGCGGGAACUUAUAUUUCAAUCUUGUUACGGAAAAUGUUUGUAUUUUUUAUUUUAUGUAUUUUGCUUCGAGUUACUACAGGAAAAGAUAUCGAAGGCCCACAACACACCUGCACGCCCGCGACUGGUUGUGUGGAAGGGUGGGAGGCGCCCAGACCAGAGUGUGUGGAUUUCAGGUGCCGCUGUCCCAAUGACACUUGCACAGUCCUCACCAGGAGGGAAGGAAUCGCCCAAUAUAGCUAUUAUUGUGGGACUUGCGGCACCAUGGGGUCCGAGUGCAGGAAUUCUUCUGCCGUGUGCCAAGGGGGUGCCAGGUGCAGGAACGGGUACUGUAUGUGCGACGGUGGCAGUAUCUACAGGGAAGUGUGCGUGAGAAAAGUCCCUGUUCCGACGUCGACCAACAGCCUCGUCCUCGUGCUCGUCCUCGUCUUCUUACUCAUCCUGAACAAACUCAUCACCUCACGAGAGACUCUGAAGAAAUGUCUUUGUCGUCACAGAUCCGACGAAGACGAAGAAUCGACGGUCGUGGGCUUCAACCCCCACAGCGCCGAGAAAUCAGCUGCUUUCACCAUCACCAAUUCCGAAUUUAUGGCUGUGUCCAACGACCCCGACCUGGACUGGGCACUCGAACUCUCGCGCCAAUUCUCGAGCCGCGGUGAGGACUGGAUCCCACUCGCUGAGUCCACCUGGUCCUCCAACUGGUCCUCGAGGGCGUCGGGAGUCGACCUCGAGACCCUGAGGGCGAGGUUGGGGUCGCGUUCGAGGACGAGGGGAGCGGAGACGGUCGAGGACGAGGUCGAGGGCGAGGUGGAGGUUGUUGGAGCCGCGGGGUCGAGUUCCUCAAGGUUACCCUCCAGAUUCUCGAGGAGGUCAGCCUCCACCUUGUCCUCCAGUUCGAGUACGAGGUCGACCACCGCCGCGCCAUCAGCAAGGUCGACCUCCAGGCUGCGAGGAGCGCCGAGGUCUUCGAGGUCGUCCUCCUCCUCGGGGUCCUCGUCUCGGCCUCUCCCUCCUACGCUGGAGUCGCCCUCGAGACGACCUCGCUUGACCUCUUCUCCUUCGUCUUCGGGGUCUUAUCCACCUCCUUCAUCGCCUUCUUCGUCUUCGACUUCUUAUUCCUCUCCUUCUUAUCCACCUCCUUCUACGCCUCCUUCGUCGAUCUCUCCUCCACCCUCUCCUUCUGAUCCUCCGAAACCCCUUGGACAUAAGUACACAGGUGACGCCCAUGUUCCCCCGUGUCGCAGUGCCAAUCAAUCCUUUAAUCCUUUAAAUAUUCCUGGAUCCGCACUAUAA